AAGAAACGAAUGUAUUUUUGCCAGCGAGCUUCAACGUCCAUGAUCUCUUGAUCAAAUAUCGCAUUUCCCUGGAGACUACCCCACCUUCUGUCCACCCCUAACCACAAUGGCUUGUGGGGGCUUUCGCUGCCCUUUCCACCGAACUAUGGCGAUUUCGGCACACGCGUUGGAAAUCCAGCCAACUGUCUUACUAUAUACUCUCGGGACACUUCGAUAAUCUGCUUUUCGAAAUACUGUAAUGAUCUUUUGCUACGAAACAUGGCGACUCCUCCCCCUGCCGGUAUCUACGUCCCUGUACCGACAUUCUUCGUCUCGAAGAAAGCUGCCAACUACAGCCCCACUGCAGCUCCUCUUGACCUGGAAACACAAGCUGCACAUUCUCUGCACCUUGCUAAGUCAGGAAUUACUGGUCUUGUGGUCCUGGGUAGUACUGGUGAGGCAGUACAUCUCUCGAACAAGGAACGAUUUGCAGUCUUGUCGUCGGUCAGGAAAGCGUAUGAGGAUGCUGGAUUCAAAGACUAUCCUCUUAUUGCAGGAACUGCAGCCCAAAAUAUCGAGGAAAUCGUCGAGCAGCUGAAGAGUGCCAAAGAAGCUGGCUGCCAGUGGGGACUUUGUCUGGUUCCUGGGUACUUCGCAGGUGCAAGUACGCAGGAUGGCAUCAUCCAGUGGUUCACAGCCGUUGCUGAUCAGAGUCCAAUCCCUGUCAUGGUCUACCAUUACCCUGGAGUCUCGAACAACGUCAAAGUAGUACCGUCUACGUAUGCCACCCUUUCGAAACAUCCGAAUAUUGUUGGCUGCAAAUUGUCUCAUGGCGAUGUAUCAUAUCAUGCACAAAUCGGAGCGAAUCCAAAGAUCGAUCACACGCAUUUUCACACAUUUACUGGCCUAGGGCAACAGCUUCUGCCAGUGAUCUCGCUUGGUUGUGCAGGAACUAUAGAUGGAACGGCCGGAUUCUUUCCUAAAUCUGUCGUGCAUUUGUACAAACUUUCGGUCAACAAUCGACCAACAGAUGAAGAAGUCAAGGAAAGAAGGCUUCUGCAGUACAAACUUAGCGCAGUCGAGGAGCUUGUGGUAAAAUUUGGAACGGUUGGCAUCAAGGAGGCAAUUAGCAGAAUACUUGGCAUGGGUGAUCGUGAUGGUACAAGACUCCCUCUUACUGGCGGCAUUCCAGGGGGUGAUAAAGAGUGGGAGAAUUGGGAAGAGUGCGUGGGUGAUUUGGAUGCGGUUGAAAAGAGCUUGUAGGUGAACACAGGGUUGGAACGAAGUUAUACUUUCAACUUAAAGAGGCAUCUCUGGCCAUGUUAGAAAUAUUCGAACUUACCCAUGAGAUCUGCAUUCAACGAUUUCGAC